AUGACUAUGGUCCGGCCCUACCCCCCGCAGCCGCCGUCGCAGCUUCCCUCCACCCUAGGCUACAACAACAUCGCACCUGCCCCGUCACACGCUUCCUACCUGCGCAAUGCACCCCCGCUCGAGGCGCGCGCCCUCGCCCACCACGCCAUCCCCCAGCAGUACGCUCACCCGCUUUCCAGACACAACGCCUACGGCUCGCCCCCCGCAGAGCCCGGCCGCACUCCCAAGCCCGCAGAGCACAUGCUGCGCCGCAAGACGCCAAAUGGCAUCUUGGCCGCCGCCUAUGACGGCACCUCGGUCGAGCAGAGCGGCGAGCCCCAUGCAACCAAGCACAUUCUGCUCCCCGUGACGGCCGAGUCGAGCAUACCCUACGGCCUCAAGCAGGACCUCCCUCUGCGCUCGCCCGCUCUGCAUGCCCAGAACCACCGCGACCCGGCUGAAUGGAGUGCCAGUCGCUACUUCGAGACGGGCUCCGGCCUCUUGGGCCAGCACUUACCACAGAUUGACUCGAUGCUCAACCAAAUACCCCCAUUGCAGCCUCUUGAGCCCUACCAGAUGUAUGCACAUCCCUUCUGCGGCCCCAUGGGCCCUCCCUUUCAGACGCCUUUGAACCCUACCGUUUCCAAUGACCAGGGCCCAUAUGGUCCCUAUUGGCACGACGGCACCUAUAUUCCCUAUCGCCCUGCCGCCAUGCGCGAUCCGCGAUUUUUACUUCAUCACACUCAGAAUUGGACUCAUCCGCGCAGCAAUCCCUUUCUAGGUCACCCCUACAGCAAUGUUGUGCCCACCUUUUCUCAUCAUCAGCAGAAUCCUGUUCAACUCGACUAUGCCCAUGGUGCCUACGCUCACCCCCCGAGGCCCCAACUAGACUUCCAGCCAUUUGGACAGCCUCCACCAAAUCCUGCAUUAGACUAUCAAAAUCAACCCCUUCCACCGCCUCUGACACAGCGUCCUCAAGACUUUUUGCAUUCUGGUCAGACGACGCCGGUUGCUGAGCACAUGCCCAGCCUGCCGCUCACUGACUUUGGCACACAAUCGCCCGCCGAACAGCCUAGGGAUAAGGUGUUCGCCUGGGCUCAUGCCGUGUACGUCGACAUGCUGAGGCACUUGCAAGCAACCAGAAAGGCCACUUCACAUAGCCAUGGCCGCGUGCAGCACCGACCUCACAUCUACCCGAAGCCGCCCCGGCAGCCUGGCGGUAGCUCUUCCCUCAGUCCCCACCCCUCGCUAGAACGCCGUGUCUCUUAUCCAGCCCCCAACCACUACGUGUCGCCUCACUCCGGCGCAGAAUUCGCGCCCAAGAGACCUCAACUACCGCACUCGCGCUCCGUGUCAGCAUGGUCCAUGGGCGCUCCUGACCCUAGUGGCCAACCGUGGCAAGGGGCAGUGCCAUUACAACACCCCAUGCUACCCCAUGUCUCGGCUAUCGAACCGCCACGUACUUUGCGCCGAAUGUCCGGCUCCGUUGCCAGUGCUCACCAGAGCCUCCAACAUGUUGUCCCUCCAAGCGUGACCACUGCUUCUGCUCUAGAGACAAUCACUAAACACUGCGAAGAAAGCAAAUGGACUUGGAUAGAUGGUAUGCUUCUUGGUGGUUGUCUUGCCUACGCACUGGGCGACUACCAAAAAGCCCAAGACUGGUAUAAACAUAUUUUGACCUUGGAUAAAGACCAUGUCGAAGCCAUCUCAAAUCUGGCGGCUACCAUGCUUGCUCUCCAGCAAAAGCGCGAAGCCGAGAAUUACUGGAGACGUGCUGUUAAGCUCCGUCCUAGCUAUUUCGAGGCUGUCGAGCACCUGAUUGGUCUGCUCUGUAGUGACCACAAAGGCCGAGAGGCUGUUCAGGUCAUUGAAGAAGUCGAACGACAGCUAAGGUUCGUCAAGAGAGCAGACGCCCUACGCAGCCUGGAAGCCGAGAGCGAACGCUCGGCCUCUACCAUCAGCGAGUCCAGUCUUUCGGAAGCAUCUGACAGACCUGUUUUUGAAUUUGAAGGUGAGGAGGAAUCCGUCUUCAAGGAACUGGAUGAGCUGCCCGGAUCGGAUCAGCCUGGCUUCGGCUCGAGUGGAUACGCCAUUGCAGGCUGCGACAACGGCCGCAUUCUUGCAUUGGUGCAUGCCAAAGGCAAUAUGCUUUAUGCUCUUGGUGACAAUGCUGGCGCUGCCAAGGCCUUUGAGAACGCAGUGCUUAUUGGAGCCGGGUCACACGCCAACGGAAUCGAUGGCCUCAUCAAGCGUAUUCUUGCUGUCGUUGGAUACGAUGUUGUUGAACGCUCGCCAGGUGGCCGUCGUGUGCCACCCUCGACAGAUCCAAUUCUGCUGCCGCCCGAUGCAGCGACCAGGACGGCUCAUCUUUGCUUCCCGCCUCACGGCCAGCUCCCUGGCCUGAAGCAUGUCUCUAGCGAGGGACUCUCCCGGAAAGCAGCCAUAUCGACUACAAGCAAUUCGUUACUCUCACUAGCCAAAAUAUUCCAAGACGGCAUGGCUACCAAUGCGCCAAAGGCUCCCGCAUACCAGAGCCACUACGGGGUACGAGAGAUUCUGGCUCUCUACUAUCUGUCAUUGUCCCUGCAGCCUAGCCCGUCAACAGCUAACAACGUUGGCAUUCUACUUGCUAGCUUCCAGCAAUCUGCCCCUUCGAAACCAAGUUCCGUAGCACAUGCUUUUGGACAGCCCCAAAUCCCCGGCCUAGUUCCGGGCAGUGGCGUUGCUCUGGCGCUUGCCUACUACUCUUACGGACUCCAAUUGGAUUCAUCACAUGCCCAUCUCUACACCAAUCUCGGUAGCCUCUUGAAAGACAUUGGCCAGCUGGAUCAUGCAAUCAACAUGUACGAAAAAGCAGUCCAUUGUGAUCAAGGCUUCGACAUUGCUCUCGCCAAUCUCGCCAAUGCCGUCAAGGACAAGGGACGCAUUGCCGAUGCCAUCUUUUACUACCGCAAGGCUGUAAAGUCGAGCCCUGACUUUGCCGAAGCUGUUUGCGGCCUUGCCAAUGCCCUCAAUUCGGUCUGCAACUGGGCUGGAAGAGGCGGCAUAGCCGAGGAUCAAGGUUCGAGGGACCGCUGGCAUGUCAAUGAUAAUGGUAUGCUCUUGGAUGCGGCUAUCCCGGGCGCUUCCAGUUCAGGAUGGAUUUACAAGGUUGUGAAACUUGUCGAGAAGCAGCUUGCUGACGGCGAGGACUGGGGCCGAGGCAUCAUGGACGAAGGCUUCGUUCAAGACAUUGUGCGUCCAUUUGCUCUUGCCGCCAACGAUGCGCAAGGCAUCAAGGACAAGGAAGACAGCAUGAGACGAGUGCUGUCCAAGUGGAAAGGCCAAAAGUGGGAAGGAGCUCGCAUUGUGCGUCUCGUCGAGCGUGCCAUCCGAUGGAUGACUUGGCAGUGGUAUCAGGAUCGUUACAUUACUGGCAAGCAGCGACCAUCGGCCUCGUACAAAAGACCCCAGCUGCCGGCAGCCUUGACGGUACCUGCAGCGCCCACUGUGCUGCCCUUUCACACCUUUACCUGCCCCAUGUCAGCCAAGCAAAUCCGUCUCAUUUCGCAACGCAACGGCCUACGCAUCUCAUGCUCGACGUUGCGGGUUCCUUGGCUUCCACCGACUGUUUAUCAGCCCCCUGCGCCGCCGAAGCCAUAUCUCAAAGUUGGCUACGUAUCGUCCGACUUCAACAACCAUCCACUGGCGCAUCUGAUGCAGUCUGUGUUUGGGCUGCAUGACCCAAGCCGCGUAAAGGCAUACUGCUAUGCAACAACUGCGAGUGACGGAUCCGAGCAUCGCAAGCAAAUCGAGAAGGAAUCUCCUGUCUUCUAUGACGCCAGCGGCUGGCCUGCAGAACGAUUGGUGCACCAGAUCACGAGCGACGGCAUACACAUCCUGGUCAACUUGAAUGGUUACACGAGAGGAGCAAGGAACGAGGUCUUUGCUGCCCGCGCCGCUCCCAUCCAGAUGGCCUUUAUGGGCUUUGCAGGUACUCUUGGCGCCGAAUGGUGCGAUUACUUGCUUGCCGACGACACUGCUGUCCCGCCGGAUACUCUGCGUCAAUGGCGUCGUAACGUUGAUCUCGAAGACGCCCUCGUGGACGACAACAGCGGUAGCACUGACGAUAAAUGGAUCUACGGAGAGAAUAUUGUUUUCUGCAGGGAUACCUUCUUCUGCUGCGACCACCGACAGAGUGCUCCAGACUCUCAAGGUCAACAACUAAGCUGGGAAGAAGAGCAACACCGAAGAUGGGCGAUGCGCAAGGAGAUCUUUCCGAAUCUUUCCGACAAUGCCAUCAUCCUUGCAAACUUCAACCAGCUGUACAAGAUCGAACCCACGACGUUCCGCACUUGGUUACGUAUCCUUGAGAAGAUACCCAAUGCCGUUCUCUGGCUGUUGCGAUUUCCUGAUCUCGGCGAGACGAACCUUAAGCACACGGCUCUCAUGUGGGCCGGCGCCGAAGUCGCCAGUCGCAUCAUGUUCACCGACGUUGCACAGAAGCAUCAGCAUAUUUCUCGCGCGCGUGUCUGCGAUCUUUUCCUUGAUACGCCGGAAUGCAAUGCACAUACAACAGCCGCUGACGUGCUUUGGUCUGGCACGCCACUGCUCACGCUACCACGGUACAAGUACAAGAUGUGCUCUCGAAUGGCAGCUUCGAUUCUCAAAGGCGCAUUGCCCAAGACGCCUGCGGGUGCACAGGCUGCAAAAGAGCUCAUUGCAGCAAAUGAUGAUGAGUAUGAGGAAAUGGCGGUCCGCUUGACACGCGAUUAUUCUUACGAGGGUCACCGACCCACGGGACGACUGAGCGAAUUACGACGUAUGCUCUACGAGUCGCGCUGGACCAGCGCUCUCUUCGACACCAAACGAUGGGUCGGCGAUCUAGAAGAAGCAUAUGAAAUAGCAUGGAAGAAAUGGGAAAGGGGCGAAGGGGGCGACAUCUGGUUGCAACAUUAAUGGCUGUCGUGAACAUAGCGACUGCAUUCUCAUUUGCUAAAAGCGCUUGAGGCUAGAGAAGACUUGCAUGUACUUUGGGCUUAGAUUCUUGGUUUGGAUUCAGCGUAUUUGGCAAGCUACGCAGGGGAAUUUGGCGAGCACUGGGUUGCUGCGGUUGUAUUCUGUUCCUAUACCCCCACAUUGAUUUGAAUCGG